CACACUGCGGAUCAGUCGUGUUCGUUGGGGCAAUGGCAAAACUCGUUGCAAGUUUUUCUCCGUUGAGGUUCUGUGUCCACAAACUUAGACCAGUGGACGGACAUAGACACCGCAGGAAUGUGCUGCACGGCUGUCUAUCCCGCUCACUCCACGUGGACACUCCUCCUCAAAACCCCUCCCUGACCACCAGUUUUGUCCACGGCACCUCCUCCGUCUCACUGCUCCCUCUGACUGUGGGUCAGUGCCUGGACAGGACAGUGGAGCGACUUCCUGAUCAUGAGGCAGUGGUCUUCCGAGAGCAAGGCAUCCGGAAAACCUUUGCGCAGCUUCAGCAAGAUGUUGAACAGGCAGCUGCAGGUCUCCUCGCUCUGGGCCUAAAAAGGGGCGACAGACUGGGAGUUUGGGGACCAAACAGUUAUGAAUGGAUCCUUUUCCAGUUUGCCUCAGCCAAGGCUGGAAUUAUAAUGGUUUCACUGAACCCAGCCUAUCAGCUGAAGGAGGUUGAGUUUACUUUGAAGAAGGUCCAGUGUAAGGCAGUCCUCUGUCCAACUCACUUCAAAAGCCAGAAGUUCUGUGAGAUGCUGAAGGAGAUCUGCCCAGAGAUUGACUCGUCAACAGGGGGCGUCAUACAAAGUUCCAGGCUGCCAGACCUGCACAUGGUGAUUGUGAUGGACAGCAGACAGUCAGGGAUGCUCCACGUGGACGAUGUGAUGCAGGCGGCAGAGAGUCGCCAUCACAGAGAGCUGAUGGAUCUACAGAGCAGGCUGUCAUGUGACGAUCCCAUCAACAUUCAGUUCACAUCGGGCACAACUGGUCAUCCAAAGGGAGCAGCUCUUUCCCAUUACAACAUCGUCAAUAACGCAUAUUUUACGGGCCUUCGUUUGGGUUACUCAUCAAGACCCAAGGUACAAGUGUGUGUUCCUGUGCCUUUGUAUCACUGCUUUGGCUGUGUGCUCGGCUCAAUGACCAUGGCAGUGCACGGCACCACCCUAGUGUUUCCCAGUACUGCAUACAGUCCCGAGUCCAGUUUGGAGUCCGUUCACAGUGAAAGAUGCAAUUUCCUCUAUGGCACCCCCACAAUGUUCAUCGAUCUGCUUAACCAUCCGAACUUACGUGAAUUUGAUGUGUCAUCCCUUCAAUCUGGGAUCAUGGCAGGUUCUCCGUGUCCUCCUGAGAUUCUGGCAAAGCUGAAGACUGAGUUGAACUUGACAGAGAUAGUUGCAGGUUAUGGAACCACUGAGAAUAGUCCAAUUACAUUUCUUGGAUUUCCAGAAGACAGCGACGAUCUGAAGAUAAACACAGUUGGAUGUAUCACAGCCCACACUGAGGCUAAAGUGGUGGAUCCAAACAACGGGAUGACGGUUCCUCUGGGUGAACCAGGAGAACUGAUGAUCAGAGGAGCCUGUGUCAUGCUUGGUUACUGGGACGAUCCAGAGAAGACCAGAGAGGCUAUCACCGAGAGUCGAUGGUACAAGACUGGGGACACUGCCACUCUGAACAGUCUGGGAUACUGCCAAAUUGUAGGUCGUAUCAAGGACAUGAUCAUCCGUGGAGGAGAGAACAUCUACCCUGCUGAGAUAGAGCAGUUUCUCUAUACACAUCCCAAAGUGCAGGAGGUGCAGGUGGUGGGGGUGAAGGAUGAGAGGCUGGGUGAGCAGGUCUGUGCCUGCAUCAGGCUGAAGGAGGGUCAGAGCUGCAGUACAGAGGAGAUUAGAGACUUCUGUAAAGGACAGAUUACUUAUUUCAAAAUCCCACACUAUGUGGUAUUUGUGGACAGCUACCCCAUGACAGUUUCCAGAAAGAUCAAGAAGAAUGUGUUAAAGCAGGAAAUGGAAGAGGAACUAGGCCUUUGACCAGACAGACACAGAGUUACUGAGGGGCUUGGCAGGAGCAGGAGACAUACUGCAUUUUGUACCACCAACUGAACUGUGAAAAUGCUAUUGCAAUGUUGCUAUUUUAUUGGAUUAUUUACGUUUAUUACAUGAUUAUAAUAUUAUGCAUUAUUCUUUAUCUGUUUUUAAAAAAUCAUAAUAACAAUAUGCAUGUUGAAAAAAUACAAAUAAUGAGCCCAAAAAUUGCAGAAAAGUACAGUUAUUAUUUUUGGUUUAUGGCAUAUUUUUGUGUUCUUUUAUUUAAUUUAUCUUAUGUUAUCUGUCACCCUGUUUGGCCUGCAGCUGCCACCUUUUUUGAAGAGCAUGGACUAGUUUCAUCCACCAGUGCAAGUUCCUUGUGUUUAAUAGUCUAUGGUUGAAUAACAACUCUGAUAAUGGUGCAGGAGACCAGUUUUCCUAGUUUCACCUUUGAAAUCUCACUGAACUUUCAUUUCACAUGUGAGUUUUUUAUUUUGUUUUACUGUUUUCAAAGUUCAUUUGUGAAAACGCAUCAUAUAUUGACAAUGCAAAACAGCGGCCUUCUCAUUUAAAAUAAAAAAAAGCAGCAAGACUUGCAGUG